AUGGCACCCUUGAAAGCCACCACCCCUGCACCUGUUGCAGAGACCUCGGACUUGCCCACUAUGCCAGUGGUCAAAUGCUCGCGGCAGAACCAGAAUGUGUGGCCUCAAGACUUCUACGAUGGCAAUAGGUACUACCAGGGGUUCACGCGCAAGAAGCAGUUUCCGAAUUGCAAAUGCACACGAUGUCGAGGUGCACACCCAACCAAGUAUCAUGAUAUUUGCUCGAGACUUUAUGAGACCUGGAAACUCAAAGGCAGCGGUGGCCAUUGCAACGCUCCCACAAGAUGUUCCAAUCGUGAAAGCCAUAACACAGAAGACUGUGGUCUGGGCGAAUUUACGGACCACCCUGACAAUCCCGAGCUUCCCCAAGAGCUGCAGCCUUUCUUGCGGCCGUGGCCAAAAAAUACCAGUCGAGUUCCAUUCCCUUUGUACUACUACGUCGGGGAUGCCUACCCAAUACCGAAUGCAGAUUGUCCAAAGCUACCAUCUCCCUGGGAGCGCGGCUUCAAGGCGGGCCUUUGGGACAAGAGACUAGGUCUUGCCUACUCAUUUGAGGUCGCCAAGUCGAUAGCUUUGGGCUAUGAGAAACCGGACUACGUCGCCGGCAAAUAUCCAUCUGACCAGACACUGAUGCAGACGGCUUCCGCAAAGAAUGGUCGUGCUGACAACUUCCUGGGUGAUGUCAAGAUGGCUCUGGACCUUCCACCCAGUGCGAACUCUACUACUGGAUCUGAGUGA